GGAAUUUAAAAUCAGAUGAAUUGAUCCCCACCCCAGCUGGAACAGAGAUAAUUCCCUGAGUGAGGAGGAUGACCACGAAGGAGAAAAAAGGAACAGGCCUGGAUCCUUUAGACUCUAUAUCAGUAAAGGAGGAAGAAGAGGAUGAAGACUCUUGGUGUCAGGUCUCAACCACUAUCCGGAGACCUGAAGUACCUUGGGAAAAAAUAGCAACCCUGGGAAAAGCCCAGGGGUCAACUCUGAUGUCACACUAUGACUAUUCAUCAACUGGAACUUCUUUACUACCUACUGUGAUGACCAGAUACAGGGACAGAAAGCUAGAAAAUCAUGGGAGUGUGGCCUCUGUGGGUGGUAAGACCAGACUUGGAAGUAAUGAAAUCUCUGAAGAAACAGGAUCUUAUGCAGUGGCAUCAGGAAGACUCCAGCAAGAUAAUCCCCUGGGAUCUAAGUUUAUAGAAGUUUGUGAAAGGGAGGAUGGGGAAGAAGUAAGACAGCUUAUAAUCCCUAUAAGGAAGAUGGUAAAGGAAGAGAAGCAAGAUUUCCAAAGAAUUAUGGACAAAGAUAAGACAAGCCCCUCAGGAGAAAAAAGUCAGAACUGUGAAAAACUGGGGAAAAGUUUCAAUCUUGGCUCAAAAAUUGCUACACAGAAGAGAACCCAGAAUGCAUAUGCAUGUGAUGAAUGUGGGAAAGCCUUCAGUCAGAGCUCUACCCUUAUUGUACAUCAAAGAGUCCACACUGGAGAGAAACCUUAUGAAUGUCAGGAGUGUGGGAGAGCCUUCACAAGGAGCUCACACCUUAUAAGGCAUCAUAGAAUUCAUACUGGAGAAAAACCCUAUAAAUGUAAUGUGUGUGGAAAAAUGUUCAGUCAAGGCUCAAGCCUUAUAGUCCAUCAGGGAGUCCACACUGGGGAGAAACCCUAUGAAUGUAAUGAAUGUGGGAAAACCUUCAGUCGAAGUUCACGCCUCAUUGUCCAUCAGAGGAUCCACACUGGGGAGAAGCCCUAUGAAUGUAAUGAAUGUGGGAAAGCCUUCAGUUGUAGUUCCUAUCUUAUUGUCCAUCAGAGGAUCCACACUGGGGAAAAGCCCUAUCGAUGUAAUGAGUGUGGGAAAGCUUUUGGUCAGAGCUCACAUCUUAUUUUCCAUCAAACAACUCAUGCUCGAAAGAAACAUAAGCUAGCUUCACUGGUGAGAGCACCAUCUUGA